AUAAAAUAUUCAAAGAUGAAGAAGACCAUUAGUGGGAUGAAGUUUAUCCUCUGUCUCCAUUCACCAGGGCCAUAUGCUAAAGAAGUAGUAGAGAAAACACGAUGAGCUACAAAAAUACAAACUAUUCUCUCUUCUUGAUUCUCUUCAAGCUGACAAUCCUUUAUACCGCAGAUCUCGCUGCUUCAGAUUGUCUGUCUGAUUGUGGAGGCAUCGAGAUCCCGUUCCCUUUCGGAACAAGAAAAGGUUGCUAUCUGGACGAACAUUACAAAAUUGAAUGUAAAGAGACCCCUACUUCAAGAAAGCUCGUACCCGUCCUUUCAUCAGUUGGGGUGGAUGUUGUGAGUAUCACUCCUCCUAGUCCAAGAACAGAUUAUAGGUAUGGAUCGUUUGAUUCUUCUAGACGGUACGGUUUAGUUCGUGUCAAAAUUCCGACAGUGUCAACAGGAUGUCGCAACGAUGGAAAAGAGUCCGGAACACUGAACUUGACCGGUAGCCCUUUUUUCGUGGACGCUGAAAACAGCCUAGUCGCGCUUGGUUGCAACAGCAGAGUGUCGCUGACACAAAUAAAACCCAGCACGGUGGUGUGCGAGUUGAACUGCAACACGAGAAGAGACUCACGUAUGAUCAACAACAUCCCUUUUCUCAAGGAAACAGAGUGCUCUGUCGACCUUUUUCCAGUUACUAAUGAGAACGAAGAGGUUUGUAGCGAAGAAGAGGCAAAGGAAAUAGAUUGCGAUGGCAACGGAUGUUGUCGGAUUGGACUAAGCGAGCCUCAACAAGUUGUUGGUAUCAAUAUAACGAGUAAUGAUGAGAACUCGGCAAGUUGUAGAGUUGCGUUCUUGACGGAUGAAGUCUACGAUUUGUCCAAUAGCACUAAACCACAAGAGCUAUUUCAUAAGAGAUAUGCCACGGUUACUCUAGGAUGGGUGAUCCAGACGAAUAAGACUUCGUUCCUCAAGUCCUUGAACUGUCAGUUAGGAAAAGAUUCAACCACUCACUCUGAGACAAAUUGUACGUGCGGAAAGAACACCAUAUCUGGGAUAAUUUAUGCAAAUUGUGAGUGUAACAAAGGUUACAAGGGCAACCCAUACGAUAAGAAAGGAUGUGAAGACAUUGACGAAUGUAAAAAUAUACCCGAAAUAUGUGGAAAAGGAGGCACUUGUGAGAAUACUAUUGGGAGCUUUCAAUGCAGUGCUGAUAAAACCAAAGCAAUAGUAUUAGGGUUGGGUUCAGGUUUUGGUGCUUUAGCACUAGUUGGUGGAGUAUGGUGGUUGAGAAAGUUUCUAAUAAAGAAAAGGAUGGAAAAGAGGAAGAAGAAGUUCUUUAAACGUAAUGGGGGACUACUGUUGCAGCAAAAAUUGAACACAAGAGAAGGCAAUGUUGAAACGACAAGAAUCUUUAGCUCCAGAGAGCUAAAGAAAGCCACUGAAAACUUCAGCGAGAACAGAGUUCUUGGACGUGGAGGUCAAGGCACUGUGUACAAAGGUAUGCUCCUAGAUGGUAGGACCGUUGCUGUCAAGAAAUCCAAAGUUGUCGAUGAAGACAAACUACAAGAGUUCAUCAACGAAGUGGUGAUUCUCUCCCAGAUCAACCAUAGACAUGUAGUCAAACUGUUGGGAUGUUGUCUUGAGACAGAAGUUCCUAUGCUGGUUUACGAGUUCAUCGUAAACGGAAACCUUUUCAAGCAUAUUCACGAAGAGUCUGAUGAUUACGCUAUGGUAUGGGGAAUGCGUCUACGCGUUGCUGUGGAUGUUGCAGGAGCUCUUUCUUAUCUUCAUUCUUUUGCAACUUCUCCCAUUUAUCACCGAGAUGUCAAGUCAGCAAACAUACUAUUAGAUGAGAAGUAUCGAGCCAAGGUGGCUGAUUUCGGAACAUCAAGGUCAAUAACAAUAGAUCAAACUCAUUGGACAACGGUUGUUUCAGGUACGGUUGGGUAUGUGGAUCCAGAGUAUUACCGGUCCAGCCAAUAUACAGAAAAGAGUGAUGUUUAUAGCUUUGGAGUCAUCCUAGCCGAACUUAUUACUGGAGAUAAACCUGUUGUAAUGUUACAAAACACUCAAGAAAUAAUAAGCUUGGCAGAGCAUUUCAGACUUGCCAUGAAGGAGAUGAGACUUUCUGAUAUUAUGGAUGCUCGAAUAAAAGAUGAUUGCAAACCAGAACAAGUAAUGGCAGUUGCACAUCUGGCGCUGAAGUGUUUGAGCUCGAAAGGUAAGAAGCGUCCAAAUAUGAGAGAAGUUUUUAUGGAGUUGGAGAGGAUAUGUAGUUCCCCAGAGGAUUCACAGGUGGUGCAGAUUCAGAAUGAUGAAGAAGAUGGAGAGGAGGAGGAAGAAGAAGAAGUUCGAAAUAUGAUAAACAAGGGAGAUUCGUUGAGCGUUGGCGUGACUGCUCCAGCCUUUAGUAUUGAAGCUUCAUCUUCUUCUUCAGAUGCUGAACCAUUGUUUCCUCGUUUGACAUGGUGACUCAAACAGACUGUACUAAUGGUGAAUAGAUUUUAUAAUCUUGUGAAAAUGUAUGAGUAGUAAAAGUGGUAAGACUGUAAGUUGUGAUUUUCGCUUUGGAUUUCAAGACAUUGUCUUUGUAUUUAUGUGUGUUUGAGAUUAUAUAUUUGUAAUUUAUGGUUGA